AUGCAAUUCAAAGCUUUGACUCUAUUCGUACUUGUUCUCCUUAUCGGAUUGGCAGUGACAGCACCCGCAGCAGUGCCUCAAGACUGCCACAAUCCUUGUAACUGGAUCGAGGGCAUUUGCCAUUGUCCAUGCGUACCAGAUGGUUGUUGGGAAACGGGUUGUCAAGUCUUCUACACCGUCGAGAAGGCUCUACUCAAUCCGUGCAUUCCUCCAGUU